AUGGAGGAGGAGGAGCAGAAGAAGGCGAGUAAAAGAGGAGGAGGAGGAGGAGGAGGAGGAGGAGGAGAAGAUAAAAAAAAGUCCAUCAUUAAUCAGGCUACACCCAGAACAUACUCUAUGACAUCAUGUGAAGCUUCUGACAUGGGUCGAACCACUCAGCAUGGCUUAGAUUAUAUUAUCCCCCCACCCCAAACCCCCACCCCCACCCCCGUCAGCUUGGCUUCAAAAAAGAAAGACACACUAUUCUACUUUGCUUUAAAAGCAGACGCCGUCUAUUUUUGCAUCUUGACGGUGUCGUGUCUGAAUCGUAAACAAGCUGGAGGAGGAGGAGGAGGAGGAGGAGGAGGAGGAGGAGGACGAGGAGGAGGAGGAGGCCGCCCAAAAGACAAUGAGGAAAAUUCUGGAGGAGGAGGAGGAGGAGGAGGAGGAGGAGGAGGCGGAGGAGGAGGAGGAGGCCACCCAAAAGACAAUGAGGAAAAUUAUUUCACAACUUCUCCACCUGUCAAAACAGCAGAAGAAGAAGAAGGAGGAGGUGGUGGAGGAGGAGUAGAAGAGGAGGAGGAAGAGAAGGAGAAUAGAAACAAAGAAUAG